CAUUCUCAAAUUCAUAUUACAAGAAGAAGAAGAAGAAGAACUUGGAUAAUUGUUAAUUAUAACUAAUUAAUUCUCUCAGUUCUUCUUCUUCUUGUUUCUCUGAUUAUGGAUCGCCCAACACUAUCAUUAUUUUCAUUCCUACUAACACUCCAUCUAUCACUAUCAGGGGUAAUUUCAACCACUUUCACUCUAGUUAACAAAUGUGAGUACACGGUGUGGCCGGGAAUUCUUUCCAAUGCUGGUGUUCCUCCUCUUUCCACCACAGGCUUCGUUCUCCAAACCGGCGCGUCCACUACAAUCGCCGCACCCGCGUCUUGGGGUGGCCGUUUCUGGGGCAGAACAUUAUGCUCCCAGGACUCAACCAGCGGCAAGUUCUCCUGCGUCACCGGCGACUGCGGCUCCGGCAAGCUCGAGUGCUCCGGAAACGGCGCCGCGCCGCCUGCCACCCUGGCCGAGUUCACCCUGGACGGCGCCGGAGGACUCGAUUUCUUCGAUGUAAGCCUUGUCGACGGCUACAACGUGCCGAUGCUGGUGGUGCCGCAGGGUGGCUCCGGCGGGAAGUGCAGCGCGACGGGGUGCGUCGGGGACCUGAACGGCGCGUGUCCCUCAGAGCUGAAGGUGAUGAGUGGCGAUGGGAGAGAGGGAGUGGUGGCGUGCAAGAGCGCGUGCGAGGCGUUUAACUCGCCGCAGUAUUGCUGCAGUGGCGCGUACGGCACGCCCGACACGUGCAAGUCUUCGUCUUACUCCGAGAUAUUCAAGAGCGCUUGCCCACGCGCCUAUAGCUACGCUUACGACGACAAGACCAGCACCUUCACCUGCGCUUCCGCGGAUUAUACCAUCACCUUUUGUCCUUCCCCCACCACCAGUCAGAAGGCAUCACAGGGGCAAGAUGGUUCUUCUACUACCUCUCCCUUGCUGAACAACAACGGCACAAUGGUGUAUGAAGGUGCAUUUGGUCAGAAUGAAAUCUCGUGGGCCACGUGCAGCCACGUGUUCCAAUCCCAAGCCCUCGCCGGCAUUGUCAGUAUGACGAUGGCUAUGUGGCUCUUCUAAAUAAUACUUAUUUUUCUCAAUCAAGGCCACGUUCAUUGGCCCAAACAAGAUGGUAGUAGGAGUGGGACCCUAUUCUCUUGCACACCAAGAACAACCUUAGUUGAAUAUGAGCCCAUGCUCACGUGGAUGUGAUUCGUUUGAUGAAGGGAUAGCUCACCCGACAUCGUUUAAUUACUACAUCUAUACCAUCAUUUUUGGGUACCAGACUCCAAUACUACGUAUUAUACAUACAGCCAAAUAGGCAACAACGUAGUAAUUAGUUUUUAGUUUUUUUUUUUUUUUAUUCUAGUUAUUUAUUUAUUUAUUUUUUAUAGGUUAGAUUAUCAAUAGGAAUACCAUUAUUGAAUUCUGUGUUAUGGGCGGGGAAAUUCUUUAUUGAUUCGGCAAUGUGCGGCUGUAAUAUUUGACGACAAUAAAGAAAUGGAUUCGUAUAUUGCAUAUUUUCAUUA